AUGUCUCUUUCCAAACCCAUACUACAGUCUUGCCAAGAACCUUGCGGCGAAAAUGAAACAAACAAUCUUGGCUCUACGUACCCAGGAAUAAUGCUCCCUUCGAAUAAUGGUUCAGUGCAGGCACUUGACCAACAAGCUUCCUCAGCCCACAAUCAAAUCGGGAACGAGAUGAGCUUUGAGUCGCAGUUGACAGAAUUAGAGAGGGAAGCAGCCAUGUUGCGAGAUAUAAGCUCGCAAUUGGAUGACAUCUCGAACUCUACCAUGAAUAAAGUAUCUACUUCUGACGUGGAUUCCCGUUCAGUCUAUAUAGGGAAUUUGCAUAGGGAUGUUACUGCGCUUGAAUUGGCGUUGCGCUUUUCAUCGAACGAAGAUGUUGUGCGAGUCACAAUACUAUCAGACAAAACUACUGGUCUUCCUAAUGGAUAUGCCUACUUGGAAUUCUCGCUGGUGGAAGGGGCUUCUCAAGCCAUGGCACGAAUGGAUGGAACACCUCUACGCGGAAGGAAACUCAAGGUGAGAUGGAAGAGAACGAAUAUUUUUGGCUAUAACAUCUUGCGUAGAGGUCGAAAUGGCCGGCUUGUCAGGGGUGUUGGGCGUUCCGGGUACAGGCUGUUCGGGCGCUUUCAAGGGAUCAAACACGGUGCUUCCAUCCCUCGAUAG